UGUGAUGCUAUUUUCUAGGAGUCAAGUGAAAUUGGCCCAACAAGUUCCUUGGAUCCACAACUUGAAAGACAAGUCGAAACUAUUCGAAACUUGGUUGAUUCUUACAUGAGAAUUGUAACUAAAACUACACGAGACAUGGUACCAAAAGCAAUUAUGAUGCUAAUUAUUAACAACUCCAAGGACUUUAUCAACGGAGAGUUACUUGCCCAUCUUUAUGCUACUGGAGAUCAGGCUUCAAUGAUGGAAGAAAGUCCGGAAGAAGCUCAAAAACGGGAGGAAAUGCUUAGAAUGUAUCAUGCCUGCAAGGAAGCACUUAGAAUUAUAGGAGACGUGUCCAUGGCCACAUUUUCGACCCCAGUACCACCGCCAGUAAAAAAUGAUUGGCUGUCCAGUGGCUUAGACAACCCUAGACUUUCACCACCAAGCCCAGGAGGACCAAGGAAAAAUGCACCUCAACAACAGGCCUCAUUGGGAUCGAUGGGAGUUCCCGCUAUAAGUGGACGUGGUCCGCCUCCAGCACCGUCAAGUGCACGACCAGCGCCAGCGAUACCAAAUAGGCCUGGUGGAGGUAAUGUUCCUCCUUUACCACAAGGAAGACCGACGGGUCAAGCUCUUCCAGCUCCUCUCAUUCCAUCUACACUACCGCUCGAAUCUAGUCCGUCCCAUAUGUAAAAACAGCAAGCCGAGAAAAAAGGAAGGCAAAUUUGUCCCGCCCAUAAGGGUACCUGUUAGGAUUUCGCGAAAAAGUGGGUUUUUCUACAGUUUUGUGGAAUAAAGUGCAAUAUUAUUGGUUGUUCUGAUGUUCACAUGAUUUAGAAACUUAAAAAUAAUUUUAUAAAAAGAAUGAUUUAGCAAAAAACUGCAUCAUUCGUUUCGUUUUCGUUUUCGUUUUACGGAGCAAGGUGGGGGACGCGGCCUUAAGUCAGUCCAAGUCCGGUUUCUUGUGGAAAAAAGGGUAGUGGCCGAACUAGUAUUGCAUACAAAAUGAACACCACCGGAAGAUAUAGGGGAUGGGGAGGGGGGAGGUGAAAGAACUAACUUGAAUCAACAGCCUCAACUAAACUGUCUGAAAGCCAAACAUUCCUUUACCUAGUUUUUUAACCUGUCUUGCUGCUUUCAAAAACAAUAAACAUUAAUGAAACAUUCAUAUCUUACAAGUUGAACACUCGUUGUUAAGACGACUAUUUCGUGCCUUCCAUUUCAUUAGAGCACACAAGCUUUGCAAACAAGAGUGUAUCUCUAUCAUACCUUAUGUAAACUGUCAUUUGAGUGAAAGAGACACAAUCAUGUUCACACCUGCGUGUCCUUUUGAAAUGUUAGGCUCUAUUUGAUCGUCAAAACUCCAGUAGAUCCUCGAUUCGCAACAAUGGUCGAUACAACCAUAAUCCGAAAACCGUUAGUUCAACAGAUCAACGAAUUUCGUCCGAUAUCAUUUCAUUAUUGAUUGAUCGAGACUCUAUGGAUUGUUUGACAAUUCAGAAUGAUUAGUAUACCACUUAAUUGAAAUCAGAGAUUCUGAUAGCAUUACUAAACUGGCUUACAUAUAACUGGAGUCUGGAAUUAUUAAACAACCCAGAAAAAAAAAGUUACAAAAAAAAACUACAAAAACUAACUAUUCCUCCCCAUUAUCAAACAGAUUUAAACCUUCCUAACAGAUUUUACGAACAAGAAUAUUGAGAUUCAAAUAAAAAAAUCAAUAUCUUGCAAUUUUACAUAUUACAAAAGCUGUGAUUUCUAUCAACACAAGUAUAUAAAUAUAAAAUAAAUGUGUGAUAUAUACAGUGAAUCAAAUAUUUGUCCGUACC